UCGACAGUAAGUGACGUUUGUGGCGCCAGAAAUCAAGAAGGACUAGUGCUUUUUCAAAACGAUGUGUUCUAGUUCAAAGCGCUCGGCCUAUUAAAAUCUUGACAAACACAGCUUAAAGUGAGCUGACAGUGAAUGGUCUGGGGGUCUGUUAAGGCUCGUUAAAGAUGGUGAUGUUACGUAGGAACGGUGAAAUGGACUCGAGCUCGGAGUUUCUGUCGUUGAACCCGCCUCAGAGAAAGUCCGCUCGGCUAAAAAAGGCCCAUGAUGACAGUUUAACGAGCGCAGAGGACAGUCCGGCCAAUGGGUUUUUGUCUGUAAAGGAGGAAAACGGCAUGAGGGGCAGAACUCAAAGAGGAAGACAUGUAGUCACCUUUGCUGAUAUGAAUGGACAAAACAGCACAUCUCCUCCAAAAUCCCCUCCAAAAGAUGAGAAAAGUGUGAGGAAUUUAAGGAAAUCUCCAAGAUUUCAGGCAGAUGGGGAGCGAUCGGCAGAUGAGCACACAGAUGAGGUGGAAUCAACUCCUACUUCUCGAAGCCUGCGUGCUCGAAAUCAAAGGCGAGAAGAAGACAGCGCUGUGAGGCGUAGCUCAAGAAUCACAAGAUAUAAGCUUGACACCAGGAACCAGUCGGUCCUCUAUGACAGGCUCAUCACAAACACUGCAGAGGCUGUGCUUCAGAAGAUGGAUGACAUGCAGAAGAUGCGUCGGAGAUUGAGGAGCAGAGACAGUGAGGAGGAGAAUUUGAUCAUUUACUCUGGAACAAAGAGGAAGAUGGUCACAAAACCUUCAGUCAGAGGACAGGAGGAGAGUUCAGACAACCAGGAGAAUGAAUACAGUGAUCAAGAGGAGGAUGGAGAAGGUGAGGAAGAGGAAGAAGAAAAUGAUGAGGGUGAUGAUGAUGAUGAUGAUGAAGACGAAGAAGAGAAUGGAAAGCGCUACGAGUUCCGACAAAGAAAAGCUGUUGUGCGUUACCAGGCGCCUCUUAAAGAGCCAAAAAAGCAGAGCAUUUUUUUUAAACGUCACUCCACGCCAGUUAGACGAAGAUAUCCAUUUAGUUCCUCAAGUCCCAGGAGCUUGUACAACAACAGGAGGAGCACCAGUCCAGGCAGGAGUGAGGGUGAUGGGAGAAGACAUGCCAUACACAGUAGUGACUCAACAUCAUCGUCAUCAUCAUCUGAUGAAGAGAAAUUUGAGAGACGGAGAAGUAAGAGUCGUAGCAGGUCAAUAAACAGAUGCCUCCCUAUGAAUCUACGGAAAGAGGAUUUGUUGGGAAUCCAUAAGGACAGGAUUAAAAUUGGUGCGAGUCUCGCAGAUGUUGACCCAAUGCAGAUUGAUCAAACGGUGCGCUUUGACAGCAUUGGGGGUUUGAGCAAACACAUCUCCGCAUUGAAGGAGAUGGUUGUGUUUCCUUUACUGUACCCUGAAGUCUUUGAGAGGUUCAAGAUUCAGCCUCCAAGAGGCUGUCUGUUCUACGGCCCUCCUGGCACAGGAAAGACUCUGGUUGCUCGAGCCCUGGCAAAUGAGUGCAGUCAAGGCGAGAAGAAGGUGUCGUUCUUCAUGAGGAAAGGGGCAGACUGCCUCAGCAAAUGGGUGGGCGAGUCUGAGAGACAGCUCCGCCUCCUGUUUGACCAGGCAUACCAGAUGCGUCCAUCGAUUAUUUUUUUUGAUGAAAUUGAUGGUAUCGCACCUGUUCGGUCAAGCCGGCAAGACCAGAUACACAGCUCCAUCGUGUCCACCCUGUUGGCUCUCAUGGACGGGCUGGACAGCCGUGGUGAGGUGGUUGUUAUUGGAGCCACUAACCGCCUGGACUCCAUCGAUCCAGCGCUCAGACGGCCCGGGCGAUUCGACAGAGAGUUUCUCUUCAGCCUACCAGACAGAGAGGCUCGCAAAGAUAUUUUAAAGAUCCAUACCAGGCAGUGGGACCCACAGCUGUCUGAUGUGUUUCUUGAAGAGUUGGCUGACAAGUGUGUUGGUUACUGUGGUGCAGACAUCAAAGCCGUGUGCGCAGAAGCAGCUCUGUGUGCGCUACGCAGGCGCUACCCCCAAAUAUAUGCUUCCUCCCAAAAGCUCCUGCUGGAUGUGGAGUCCAUCAGUGUGAGUGGCCGGGACUUCCUUUCAGCCAUGAGGAAGAUCGUUCCGGCUUCACAGAGGGCGGUGGCAUCUCCAGCUAAAGCACUCACCCCUAUUAUUGAACCUCUGCUGAGCUCUGCCCUCAAUAAUGCCAUGGAGAUGCUGCAGAAACUAUUUCCUCAUGUAGAGCAGGGCCUCAAGAAGAAAAGAGAUGCUGGUAAAGGGGGUGUGUCUGACAUAUUAGAGGAUCUACUGCUGAGUGAAGAUGAGGGGUCCUCUGUGUGCUGUAGUAAUAAAGGCCAGAAGAACACUGGGCCUGUUCCAUCUGCUCUUCAUCUGAACAGGACUGCCCUGCAGCAGCCCACCUCAUUCAGACCCAGACUGCUACUUUGUGGGACAUCAGGUUCUGGUCAGACUUCACACUUGGCUCCUGCUAUUCUUCACGCCCUGGAGAAGUUCACCGUUUAUACACUCGAUAUUGCUGUGUUGUAUGGGGUCAGUUCAGCCACCGCAGAGGAGGCUUGUGCCCAGGUUUUCAGUGAGGCGAGGAGAACCACACCCAGUAUUCUUUAUAUUCCACACAUCCAGCGAUGGUGGGACACCGUGAGCUCUACGUUGAAGGCUACAUUCAUCAGUCUCCUACAGGACAUCCCUUCAUUCUGCCCCUGCCUCCUUCUCGCCACAUGCAGCUUUCCUCACCAAGCGCUCUAUCCUGAGGUGCAGGACCUUUUUCAUGUUGAGUAUGGCGAGGUGUUCAAUGUUCCGCUUCCUUCUUGGGAGGAGAGACACAAAUUUUUUGAGGAUCUUAUUUUAAAUCAAGCUGCUAAAGCCCCAGCAUCUAAGCGAGAAGCAGUCCUCCAGGCUCUAGAGGUGUUACCGGUGGCCCCUCCGCCACCUCCUCGCCAGCUGUCUGAGCAGGAGAUGCAGAAGUUAGAAGAGCAGGAAGAGAGCACGCUCAGGGAACUACGCCUCUUCCUGCGAGAUGUCACCAACCGACUGGCUCAGGACAAACGCUUCAAGGCUUUUACAAAGCCUGUGGACAUCGAGGAGGUUCCUGAUUACACUACAGUCAUCAAACAGCCCAUGGACUUGUCCACAGUUCUCUCCCAAAUUGAUCUGCACAAGUAUGAAACGGUGGCAGCUUACCUGCAUGAUGUGGAUCUGAUUUGGCAGAAUGCCCUUGAGUACAAUCCAGACAGAGACCCCUCAGAUCGGCUCAUCAGACACCGUGCCUGUGCUCUCAAGGACACGGUACAGGCCAUAAUCAGAGAUGAAUUAGAUGAGGACUUUGAGAAGACCUGUCUUGAGAUCAGGGAGUCUCGCAUCAAACGAGGCUCCACCUCAUCACGGUUCACUCCUGCCUACUAUCACGUGCUGCCAAAGAUGUCCGCUACAGUCGAGCAGAAGAUGAGUGAUCCAACACCCAGUAAAGAUGCUACACCUGUGCCAGCACCAGCAGUGAUUGCAUCACGUCAAACAGGAAUUAAUACAGCUUCACAGAUGAAAAAGAAGAGGAAAGGUCGAUGGAAAAACGGCUUCAUCCGCAAAAAGAAGUCUUGCUCGCAUUUGAACUCAAAAGACAAUCCUAACACGGCAGAAUCAGGGGAUGGAGAGGAGGAUGAAGAAGAGGAUGAUGUAAAACUGGCUGAGAGUGAAGAUCCAGAGAAGAUGAAAGAUGUUGAAUGUGAGUCAAUGGAGGCUGAUGAGUGUGCUCGUGCGGAUGGACUCCCAGAAUCCACUGAGGUGGUGCAGAAUAACAUCUCUGAGAGAUGCGACAUUGACAAUACAACCUCUACAGUGGAUGAAGUUGUGAGUGUUGAGACGGUCCAGAAUAAUGUCACAAAUGUGGAAAAUGAUGUCCAAGCACCAGAGAACACUGAACCUAAGAGGACAGAGCCAAUUGUAGAGGACAGCAGUGGAAUGGAGUUCAGACUGAGGCGGAUGACAAGAGGUUUAAGGAACCAGGCUGAACAGCAGAGUCUCAUCAGUGUGGAUGCUGCCAUGAAGAUCCUGGAGCAGAAGAACCUGCCUCUUAUCGUGGACCACAACAAACUAAAAGAACUUUUACAGAGAGUCGUGGACAUGACAGAGGGAUAUGAGGUCAACCAACUGGAGAAACUGUAUGCUCUGUUGUGUCAGAGCAUUUAUAGACACAGGGAAGAUUAUGACAAGACUGCACUUAUACAGGAGAUGUCAAAAGAAGUUGAGGAGUUUUCCUAGUUUUCUUAAUAAACAAACCACAAUAUAUUUCUUACAAGAAGUUACUGGUCUAUAAAUUAUAUUUUGUUUAUUCUUUUAGUCUUGACUUUGUUUUUGGGCAUUUUGAGUGCAUAAUAAAGCCUUUAUCACAAGUC